AUGUUGCAAAAACUUCCAGUUGAAAUACUAGAUCUCAUAGUUGAAAAUAUUCAUCAUCAAGAUGUUUUGCAUUUAUCCCAAACCAACAAAACUUUAUAUCGAUGGCUACAUCCUAAAUUAUAUCAUGGAAAUGUUAUGGACAGAGCUCCAACCAGGUAUUCCAUAAUGGAACAAACCGAUAAUCUAAAUGAAAUAAUAAAGAUGAAUAAUGACAGACUUCAACCUGAAGGAGGAAGCCGAAUCCCUUUGGGUAGCAUAUCUUCCAUCUACGGAUUGAAAUUAUUCUUCAAGAAUUUGGUCGAAAACCCCGAAUAUUGCAAAUAUAUAAAAGGGUUGAUUUUUAAUGGGAACAGCCCCGAUGUCCCGGAUUUGGAAAUAUAUGGAUAUUUAAGACAGUGCAUACCUUUGAUGAGUGAGUUGAGAGUGUUUCAUUGGUAUAAACAAGGAAUGAAAUUACCUGGUGAUUUAUUUAGUGAGAAUCACCGGCUUGAGGAAUUACGUGGAUACUUUGACUUCAGUUGUAAUAAACACCUGCAGAACUUAUUGAGUUUAGAAUUAUGUGAUGUAAAUGAUUUAACGGAUUUGAAGAAUAUUUCGAUGGAUAGUUUGAAGAAAUUAUCUAUUGGAUCAAAGCAGAAAUCCAUCAACUUGUCGACAAUGCUUCAAGCAACCAGUAAACAGAUGAAAUUGAAGGAACUUGCUUUGAAAAACAUAGAUUUGUGUCAUGAUGAUGUAACUAGACUUUCACCCAUUACAGACUGGAAUAUGUUGCAAAGUUUAACAAUUGAUGAUUGUUCAGAUUCGAGAUUCGAUAUGAAUACUCAUUCAAUUAGCAAAUCUUUCUUACUGGGGUUGAAACCUUAUGUUCAACUGUUGAAACAGUUGAAUCUUGCUUUGAAUGAUUUCCAAGAUAGUCAUCAUUUGUUCCUGUUCCUCCAGGAUAUGACAUUGUCAAAAUUAAACAUUGAAGUUGAUCAUAAUGUUAAUCAUAACAUAAGUUUCUUCACCAGUACGUUGUUAUCAUGCUUGAAUCCUGAUGCCUUAACACAUUUGGAAUUCAAAGUUAGGUUUGGAAGAAGUAGUAGUAGUAGUAAAGACAAAAUGUUCGAUAUCUACUCACUUAAUAAAUUGAGGGAAUUCACCAAAUUGCAAUUUUUACAACUACCAAUCAUUGAAAGUGAUAUCACGAACUUACUAGCAUUCAUACCAAAGAAUGUUGAAUGUAUUUCGUUUAGCUGCAAAGAAGAUGAAUCAGAACAACAAUUUUCUUCUAUAAGUUCAUUAAUUCAUCCUGAAUAUUGGCAGCUUGCAACCAUAAAUGUAAUUCUGCGAGAUGAAAAAGAAAACUUUCCAGAAAUUAUUAACAAAUAUCAACAGAAAUUACCAAAAUUAAAAUGGGUAAAUUUCAAUAAAAACAAUAAUGAAUAUACUUAUGAAAUCAACAACAAAAGUUCAAUUUAUAGAGAAAGUUUGAGUUUUAAAACUAUAAUUAGAACUCUACAUCCAUAG